AUGAGUUCAUCUCAACAAGAAAUUCUUUUCUUUGAUACGAUUGCUCACGAUGGAGAAAUCGAACAGGUUCUUCAAGUAGAUGAAAUAAAAUUUGAUCAACCGGUAUACGUUGAUGAAAUUCGUGUCUUACCAGCUGGCUAUAAUGUCACUGGUUUAGAAAAAGCAUCUACACGUGUUGGAGCAACGAAACCAAUGCCAUGUGAAUUAGAAUUUUUCGGAAAAAAUCUUAACGUGCGAUCAAACCGUGAUAGAGUGAGAUAUCGACGGCUUGGAAAAAAAGUUUUUCGUGAUGAAAAUGAUAUAGUUUACUAUCCAUCGCUUUCGAUUCCAAUGGAUUCGAUGAUUGUCAAAGGAAAAUAUGAUGUUUUAACAUUGGCUAUUGUCGGUGUUUUAGCUCGUCCGAAAUCUCCACCUGCUCGACAUGAUCCACCAAGCAAUAAUAAACAAAUUGUCGCUUUUUUACAAUCAGCUCAACCUCCUCAUCGUGCACACCCAAUGGACACGUUAUCAUUAGCUAUGGCUCCGUCGGCAAAUACAACUUCUACUACAUUUGUUGUUCAACAACAUCCACAUCCUCCAUCUGUUAUUGACAGUGUUUCUUCAUCAUCUGCAGCUCAUUCUGAUGGUGUUUGGGUUGCUCCGCCUGAACAACCAGCAAGACAACAGGCACAAGUAACAACUACUUUUUCACAUUUACAAUCACAAAGAACACCAACAAACUUUGUUGGACAACAACAACCACACGAACAUUUACAUGAUUAUAGUCAUCAAACAUCUCAACAAACUUAUCCUCCUAAUCGUAUUGAUGAUCAACAACAACAACAACAACAACAAUCAUCAUCAACUCGACCUCAACCUACAACAACUUUCAUUUCUCGAUCACAAAUACGUACUGGUUAUUCUCCAUCCGAUUAUUCACAUGGAGAUAAAUCAGCUGAUGAAAUGGAUGAAAAAUUUACACGAGUUUCAACAACAACAACAAUGCAAUAUCGUUCUAAUAUUCCAGAUCAUACAACUGAUGAUUCAAAUUCAAUUCAAAAUCCUAAUAGUGUUCCAAUAAUAGCAACAUCAUUUUCUCAUUUGUCAUAUCAAAAUCAACAUAUUAGUAGCAGUAAUAAAAAAGAUGAAGAUCAUCUAUUUCUUCAUCCAUCGUGUAUAGGUGAUAAUAAUCGACGCACACAAGAUACAUAUACUACAUUACCAAACAGUGGUAACAAUAAUCAACAACAAACUUCAAGUGAUGGUGAUGCAUAUAUGUCCGAUGAUAAUACAUCAGAAAGUGAAACAUCAAGUAUUCAUGGUCUAUUCUUUAAUGAAGAUGAACAGCAAGCAUUUAAACGUGAUGCAUUGUACAAUACUCGUGGUUCGACACGUUCUACUAUUCUCCAAACAUUUCAUUCACCUACAAAGACACCUUAUGAAAUUGAAUGUGAAAAAGCACAUCAUGACAAAUAUCGUCUGGCUAAUGAAGAACUUGUUCUUCUCUUUCGAAAAUUACUUUCACACGUGUCAAUUGAUCAUUGUGAUAUUAUAUUUCUCGAAUCAUUAGAAUCCAUAUGUACAAUGUUACCGAUUGCUUUAGCAUGUUUAGAUUCCAAUGAAGAAUUAGUAUUAGCUGUUCAACGUCUUAGUGAUUGGGCACUUAAAUUAAUUAAUGUUGAAUAUAUAAUGGAAAAACAAUUUACUGAAUUAAAAGAUACAUUACUUAAAAUUCGAAUAAUUAAAUGUGGUGUUCGAUUAUGUGGAUAUUUAAGUGUGCUUACAGAAGAUAUAUCCAAUGAUUGGACUAAAAGUGAUUAUCAAUCAAAAUUAUUAGAUUUAUAUGAUGAUGAAUAUAUUGCGCCAUCAGUAAAAUUACUUAUUAUUAAAACUCUUGAUCAAAGUUUAUUUUUUAAAUCGGGUUUACUUUGGUUUACUGGUCAACAUUCUGAUUUUCCAUCAACAAUUCGUGAAUCACCUUAUUUUCGUUUAAUACAAAAAUUACAUAUUGGAAAAGAAGUAAAACAAUUAAUAGCAUCGAUUAGUUGUCUAAUACGAAAACUUCAUCUUAAUGAAGAAUUUCAUUCAUUUCAAUCACAAAUAAAAAUUUUAUCAUCUGAUGAAUCUUCAUUAUCAAUAAACGAACGAAAAAUAUUUUUCGAUAAACUUCUUAUAUCUCUUUCAACUAUUCGUGAUGUUUUAAUUAAUUCAAUUGAUCUUAUAUCUCAAGAAAAAUCAUUUCGUAUAGCACCAUUUCAAUCAAUUCUACCUAUUAUGUUUUCGAAAAUCUCAAAUAAUGAAAAUCCUUGGCCAUCGAUUUUACGUAUGAUGAUGGAUAAUGAUUUUCUUAAAUCUUUAACUGUUCUUAUACAUUUCUGUGUAUUAAAUCAACGACAAGAUUUAUUUAAUAUAAUUGAAGAUAUUUUAAGAGAAUUUUUAAAUUCAUUUGAUGGUUUAAUUUAUCUUGCAAAUCAAAUAUCAACACCAAAUUUUUUAUUAAAAGCACUUUAUUUUGCUGAAACAAAAUUUGAUGGUAUUAAUAAUGAUCCAGUUGGUCCACAAUUAAUGUGUGCAUUUCAAACAUUAAGUUAUAUUGAUGAAUUAAAAUUAUUUAGUAUAAAAGAUGAUUUAGAAAUCGAUGAUAAUGAUCUUUUACAAGUACUUCAUUGUCUUCUAUCAUUAAUUUUAUUUCAUCAUUAUGUAAGAAAAUUAUCAAAUAAACGUCGAAUAAUUGUUCAAGUUAUUUCUAUGGAAUCAAAUUUUCUUCCUUUGUUACAUUUUAUUGAAUUAUCUGGUAAUGUUGAACAAAUAAAAAAUAGUAUUCAAACACGUUAUGUAGCACGAAUUAUUUAUGAAUUAUUUGCAACACCAGAUUCUGUUUUAUUAUUAGAACCGUAUGGUCUACGUUUACUUGAUCUUUGUGAAAAACAUUCAAAUCAACGAUUAAUUCGUCUACGAAAUUGGUUUUCACCAUUAUUAAAAAUAAAAUCUUUUGAUCAUACACAACAAACAGCUGAAAAUCUUAUAAAUGAAUUAAAAAAUCAAUUAAAUGAAUCAAAUAAUACUGGAGAAUUUUCACCAGGUUUGAUAACAAUAUUACGUAUAAUACAAUAUUUAUCUAUUCCAUCUGAAAAUCAAUUUAUUUUGGGAGCAAAAAUUGAAAUUAAAUAUGAUUAUAUGCUUUUAAAAUUACAUCAUUAUGGAAUUUAUUCAUUAUUAAUUAAUAUACUUGAAAAAUGUGCUGAUACAUUAUUACGUACAUGGCAAAUAGGUAUGCCAUUAAGUGGACCUGAUCGAAUUUUAAUAUAUGGAAUAGUUAUUUCAGCAUUAAUUAUUUUUAAAACACUUUUACAAAAAUUAACACUUGAUCGAAAAACUAAAUUUGUUGAUAUAACACCUGUUCAUGCAUUGUUUUCUAUUUAUACAGUAACACUUUGUGCAUCACCAUCAACUGAAUUAGCUGAUGUUGAUAUUAUUCGAACAAAUUUAAUUGAUUUAUUUCUUGCUUAUCCUUGGUCAAUUCAAUCUGAUAGUGAACAAGUCAAUGUUCAAAAUUGUGCUUGGACAUUAGUUCUUCGAGAAAUUCUUCGUUUAACAACACUUUUUCCAUAUUCAAUUACCAGUGGUUUAUGUCUUCUUACUGAACUUUUACCAAUACCAUUACCACAUACUGUUCGACAGGCAUUAACUGAAAAUGAAACAAAUGCAAUAAAAGAUGAUUUUCAUCGAUAUCAUACAGUUAUUCAUUAUAUAUGGACACAUGAUAGUAAUCAUUAUUUUCAAAAAUUAAUUCAACCAUUAUCUCAUACAUCAAAUUCAAUAAUGCAAGAAAUUCUUCGACGUUUAUGUAUGCAAUUAAUUGAUUUAGGUCCAAAAUUAGCUAAAAAUAUUAUGAAAAAAUUAAUGGAAGAACUUAUAUCUACUUGGAAAAAUGAUCAUAGUGAAACAGCUAAAUCCUCAAAACAAUCCAUAAGUGAUUCAGGUCGUUUAGUUGCAUUUAUUGCUUCACUUAUUGCUAUUCGAUCUGGAAAAUGUGCUUUAUUAUCACUUUUAAAUUCUUCUGAUGAAAGAUAUACAUUGAUUAUUAAAGAUAUGCUUGAAUAUCUUCAUACACGUGCUGAAUCGAAUGAAACAUGUCUUUGUCAAGAGGCUACAAUGUCAAUAAUUCAAACAUUAUGUGAUGCAAAUUUAUGUCUUUCAUCAUCAAAAUCUUCAGAUAAUUCAUUACAAAUUCUUGCUAAUACAUUACCAAAUCAAGAACUAUUAUCAUCUAUAUUAAUAAAUAUUCUUCGUUUACUUUCAUCAACUAAACAACAACAAACAUGGACACAAACAACAAUGGCACUUCGAACAAUGAUAUCACUUGCUGAACAUGAUUUUGGUUUACAAAUGAUUCGAAUAGCUUUAAUGCAAAAUAAAGAAGUACUUUGUACAUUAAUUGCUGAAUUUGAUCUUCGAUUUGAUAAAGAACAACCCGAUUAUCUUGAAGCUGUAUCUGCUUUAAUGAUAUUUUUACAAAGAAUUAUGACCAUUGAAAAUAUACCUGAUUCAGUUUUUAUUCGAACUCAACGUUUAUCAUUAUCUUUCUUUCGUGAAUUACUUGGUGUUGCACCAAAUAACGAAAGUCAAUUAGAAAAAUUUAUUGAUUUAAUUAAUGCUGUUGUUAAUGAUGAUUCAUCUGGUACACAUGAAAAUGAAAAUAAACAACAAACAAAUGGUGGAAAUUUAGAUAGUUUAGAACAAAAUGAAGAAGAUCAACAAUGUGUUCAAACAUUGCAAAAAAUUUAUGAACGUGCUAAUAGUAUUAUACAAGCACUUAAAACAAAUCAAAACGAACAAGAAACUUUAUCAACGAAUGAAAUAACUCUACCAAAAUCUGAAUCAAUUGAUAUUCAAUUUCAAAAUCGUCUUAUAUAUACAAUUGUUAAUGAUUAUACUGAUGAUCAACGAAGUUCUGAAAUUUAUUGGCUUGGAAUUCCAACACCAUCAUUACUUGAUGAUGUUGAUUAUGGACAAGAUGAUACAACAACAAAUCCAGAUGAAACAAAUGAAAAAGUUAAAUGCGAUCUUGAAGAUUUUAUUGGUAAAUAUUGUGGAACAUUUAAUUUCUUUGAUGAAUAUAAAAAAGAAAUUAUUGAUAAAAUAACAAAAAAACGAAAAUCUUCACCAAAAAAACGAACAGUUACAGUUGAACCAACAUCUAAUGUAGAUACAUCUAUAAUAACAACAAGUGUAUCAAAAAGUCGUACACCAUGGAGUGCACCAAUGCGUGGAAAUAAUCGUCGAAAUGUUCGAAUUCCUAGUGUUAAUACAAAUACGACAACAAAUGGUGUUCAACGACGUAUAGAUCAUUUUCGUAAUCGUCCAUUAAAUACAAGUCGACCACCAUCAAUGCAUGUUGAUGAAUUCGAAAAACAAUUUAAUGAUAAUUCUAAUGGAAAUAAUACAACAAAUUCAUCAUCAACUAAUAAUAAUAAUAAUAAUAUGAAUGAUAAUAAUAAUGGAGGAAAUAAUGGAAAUGAAAAUGAUUUACUUUCAACAAUGCCAUCAUCGAAUGAUGGAGGAUCUGAUCGAGAUCGUUGGUCUCGUCGUGGUAGUUCACUAAAUUUUCGACCUAGUUCAUUAUCUAGUCAUCGUUAUCCAUUCUCAUUAAAUAAUAUUGGUUAUCCAGGUGGAGGUUUUAGCCUUCGUGAUCGUUUACCAUACGGUUAUCCAUCAUCACGUUAUAAUACAUUUGAAAUGGAUUUUCCUCCACCAUAUUUUGCGGGUGAUGAAUUUUCUGAUGAUCGUGGUUAUGAUUAUUAUCCAAUGAAUAUGCCUUUUGAACCUUUUCGACAUCGAAGUCAUUUCGGACGUUAUGAUCCAAGUGGAUUUCAUUAA